GAGGUUAGCGCGCGCUGCCAGCUCAAAACCUUCCCUCUGCUGUGAGAGUGGUGUCUGCCUGCUGCGCUCCCGCUAGCUAACAACUCAAAGACUGAACUUUUAGAGCAGUCUCACCAUCUCUGACGGAGUAACGCUACAGGCGACCCACUAAUCUCUUCGUUAUAAUCCACGCAGACUCAAAACUCCACAGCAACCAUGUUCGAGGCUCGCCUGGUGCAGGGAUCCAUCCUGAAGAAGGUGCUGGAGGCUCUGAAGGACUUGAUCACAGAAGCCUGCUGGGACGUCAGCUCGUCCGGUAUCUCCCUGCAGAGCAUGGACUCGUCUCACGUCUCUCUGGUCCAGCUCACCCUGAGACACGACGGCUUCGACUCGUACCGCUGCGACAGAAACCUGGCCAUGGGAGUGAACCUCAGCAGUAUGUCAAAAAUCCUGAAGUGCGCAGGAAAUGAAGACAUCAUCACCCUCCGAGCAGAAGACAAUGCAGACACACUCGCCCUGGUGUUUGAGACGCUCAACCAGGAGAAAGUCUCAGACUACGAGAUGAAGUUGAUGGACCUGGAUGUGGAGCAGCUCGGUAUUCCAGAGCAGGAGUACAGCUGUGUGGUGAAGAUGCCCUCUGGGGAGUUUGCCCGUAUCUGCCGUGACCUGUCCCAGAUCGGUGACGCCGUCAUGAUCUCCUGCGCCAAGGACGGAGUCAAGUUCUCCGCCUCAGGAGAGCUGGGCACAGGAAACGUCAAGCUGUCCCAGACCAGCAACGUAGACAAAGAGGACGAGGCAGUUACUAUUGAGAUGAAUGAACCCGUCCAGCUGAUCUUUGCCCUCAACUACUUGAACUUCUUCACCAAGGCGACGCCGCUGUCUAAGACGGUCACCCUCAGCAUGUCCGCCGAUAUCCCCCUCGUGGUGGAGUACAAGAUUGCUGAUAUGGGACACGUCAAAUACUACUUGGCACCCAAGAUCGACGAAGAAGCUUCCUAAGUUGUUUAAUAGGCAGAAUAGAGGAAAGCAGGCGACCGGGACGAGUCCUGAGUGAUCGGAGGGCUGAAUGGAUCUCAUGGUGGACGAUGAUCACUGCGUUUAUUUCCUGUCUUACGAGAGUCACAGCAGGAGGUUUUAUAAACUGUCGUCUGUCGGCCACACCAGUGAUGCCACCUGUGUGAUGAAGCUCCAGUGUUGUGACUUUUCAGGCCGUGUGGUCCAGCACUCACGCUCUCUAUUUCUGCCCGGUUUUGGGGAAACCGAUAUCAAUUGUCCCAUUCCUUCUUGUAGAUAACGCAUUUGUAAAUACUUCCUGUGGUUUCGUAUUGUCAGCCAACCCCAAAUGUUUUCGUAUUCAUUGAUUCAGUCCAAAAUAAAUGAUUCAAGUUGUUUCCAA